AGCUGAUGCCAGUUAUGAUGCAGCUUACUAGUCCUUGACCAGGGGACGAACACACGAGGGUCAGUGUAAAUUAUGACCGGCGAUUUCCCUCAGUCCCUGCACCUGUCUCUGAUCUGUCACAAAAAGCCAUCAUGCGUUUCCUUUUAAAGAAGCAGAGUAUUAGUCGAUGAUCGUGUAACCGGAGACACCCAGCGUAGGACUGCACAAAGAAUCCCAUUGCGGGUUCACAAUGCCCACUCCUCAGAGUGGAGCAGGGAGCACAGGGAACUUCAAAAGUGGCUGUGCUAGACCAGGGCAGGGAAGGUGCCCACAAAGCCAGGGACUUCACAGCCUCUCCCAGAGAAUGGACUCCACGCUUCGAAGAAAAGACGUCUGGAUUGUGGGUAGCGUGUGCCUUCUGUCGUCUUCGGUCUUCUGGCGCCUGUUUCGGUCAGUGGCGGCAUGGGGAGGCCCCAAGCAGGAACCUGCACUUGAGAAUGCACAGGCUGAGGAAAAUGUGUGGUCCAACCGUGCACUAGAUGAAAGGACAAUUGUCAAAGGAGGAAGGACAUCAGCCCUCACAGAGAGAUCUGACCAGAACGACCAAUUCUCUUCCGAGAAAGAAAAGAUUACCAAACUCAACAAGAAAAAUGCAGAGAAGACCACUGCAUUAGAAGUGCAGAGGAGUUGUGUCAUAUGUCACGUGGAAAGACAAGACAAGAUAGAAUUUGUUCAGAGGAAUUCCACAGAGCUAAGAGAGAAUUCAGGUGCAAAGGAUGCUCCAUGCAUAGAAAGUCUGGAGAAACAAGAAAGCAACAACCUGGGAGAUAAACAAGACACUGAAGAUAACAAUGGAGGGGAAAAUGGGAUUUCUUCUAAGGACGAUUCCAGAGGAGUAGAAGCUGAGAACAGAGCUUCAGCAGCUGCAAGUGGAGCAGUGCUAGACAAACACUCAACUGAAAGCCAGCACACUGAGGACAUGAAUGGUGACCCGUCCCAUGAAAGGUGCAUCAGUAAUAUAAAGACCAUGUCUACACCAGGAAUCCUUGGAAAUUCAGCAUCAGGAUCCACUUUCCAGAAUGCUGAACAGACAGAGUCUACUGGCAGCAGUAAGCGCAGGGUAGCAGAGGAGUGCUUCCUGAGUGAGGACAACAAAAAGAGCAGAAUAGAUGUAGUGAGAACAGGGGAAGAGCCCACAGCUAGGACAGAGGAAACCAGACAAGCCAGAAGCCUGGAUGAUAGACUCCAGGAUGGAAUGACCACCUCUAGAGAGCAAGACCUGGAAGUCCCACUGGAUGACAUCCCUGCUCCUGCCGCUCCAUUUGAUCAUCGGAUGGUAAUGGCCAAACAUGCUUCAGUGGACAAUCUGUACACCGUGAGCAAAUCUGAGAUCCUAGGAGGGGGGCGUUUUGGCCAGGUACAUAAGUGUGAAGAGAAAGCAACAGGCCUGAAGCUGGCUGCUAAAAUCAUUAAGACUAGAGGUGCAAAGGACAAGGAGGAUGUGAAGAACGAGAUCAGUGUCAUGAACCAGCUGGACCACGUGAACCUCAUUCAGCUCUAUGAUGCCUUUGAGUCCAAGCAUGACAUCAUCCUUGUCAUGGAGUAUGUGGAGGGUGGGGAGCUGUUUGACCGCAUCAUUGAUGAAAACUGCAACUUGACAGAGCUGGACACCAUCCUGUUCAUGAAGCAGAUCUGUGAGGGGAUACGGUACAUGCACCAGAUGUACAUCCUCCACUUGGAUCUCAAGCCUGAGAACAUCCUGUGUGUGAAUCGGGAUGCUAAGCAAAUAAAAAUUAUUGAUUUUGGAUUGGCCAGAAGAUACAAGCCCAGAGAGAAGCUGAAGGUGAACUUUGGAACCCCAGAAUUUCUUGCCCCUGAAGUUGUGAACUAUGAUUUCGUUUCCUUUUCUACAGAUAUGUGGAGUGUGGGUGUCAUCACAUACAUGCUACUCAGUGGCUUGUCCCCCUUUUUGGGUGACAAUGAUGCCGAGACACUGACCAACAUCCUGGCGUGCCGGUGGGAUUUAGAAGAUGAGGAAUUUCAGGAUAUCUCGGAGGAGGCAAAGGAGUUCAUCUCCAAGCUCCUGAUUAAGGAGAAGAGUUGGAGAAUAAGUGCCAGCGAAGCUCUCAAGCACCCAUGGUUGUCAGACCACAAGCUCCACUCCAGGCUGAGUGCACAGGAAAACUGCUGCGGUUGCUGCUGCUUUGAGAAGGCUUUUGGAAAAAUCAGCAGUUCUGGUGCCUUGACCCCUGGGAUGACUGGCAGCCAUAGCAUGGGCAGCCUUGAACUUGAACUGGAGAGGCUUUGCUGUGCUCAGUGGGUGACCCAGGGCUGCUCCCUAGGGGCCCAGGCAGAUGCCCACAUCCCACUUAGUGUUCAGAGGGGAAGAUGUUUCUCUGCCUUUUUGGCUUCUUGUGUUUCAAUGUUUGUUUUUAGUUUGGGAUGUUAGUGGGGCAGCGGAUAUGUUAUGCUGUUUCUUGGACUACCAGAGUGGUGCUGGAGACACAAAAUCUGGAGGAUGCAUUGGAGGAGAGAAAACGACUUCUAGUCCUUGCGCUAUGUUUCUCAAGGGGGGAAUUGUAUUGACAGGAAAAUUCUAAGAUGUGGACCCAUAUUUUUUUUUGUGGUUUGAAACAAGGUGAAUUCAAUGGAUUAUUGGCUUGCUGGAACAUAAGGCUUCUUUCUAAGGCAAGAUCAGCCAUCAUAUGUGGUACCUUCCAUACAUCCUGAACUCUCUCUCUCUCUCAAGUGCAACAGUUUCUACCCAGUAGCUGAUUCCAUGUUCAGAUUCAUGCCCCACCAUUUUACAGGGUGCCCCUUGCUCUGGUCUAAUGUGCAAGUUCAUCCCCAUUAAACAUGGUGGUUUGAGGAGGUAAGUAUUUGUGCUUAGUCUUUAAAAUGACAACCAUCAAAAGACAGCCAUAAGAGCUUCCCUCAAGACCUAGGUGUCACCAGUAGGAGCUGGGUCUGUGCAUCCAGGGGAAAUACAAUGUGCGUUGUUCAGGGGCAGUGUCUAGAAAGUGACUCCAGCCUUUGGGAAAACUGAAACACUUGAAAGAUCAUUAAUCAUAGCUACACAAAUUCAAAACUAUGCAAACUCCCAUAGGAGUCAAUGGCUCUAAGGGUAAGGCAAAACCUAUUUCUGAUUACAAACAUUUUAUUUUUUUGAGACGAGGUCCUAAUUAUGAAGCCUUGGCUGGCCUGAAAUUUGCUAUGUAGACCAA